AUGACAAUGUCUAAUUUACAAGACGUAAAAACAAAUUAUAUGUGUCAAUGUACUCUUUCUAUCACCGAUGAAAUUGUAUCAAAGCAAAUUUCUGAAACCAAAGACAAUUUUAAUAAUGUACCAAGUAUACAUGAAGUUGAUGAAAAUGAUGAUGAUGAUAACGACGAUAAUAACUGUGAAACUAAUAUUAUUAAUUCAACAAAUUUACAAGAUAUUGAAGAUCAUGAAACUGAAAAGGAUAAAGAAAAAAGUACCCUCGAGGAUGAAUUUGCAUAUACAAAUGAAUCUUUUUGUUCUGAUGAUUCUUGUGAUGAAUCAGAGGAAACUACAUCACAAUAUUUAAUUAGUGGUUCUUGCUCACUUUUUGUCAAUGAUGAUAAAUAUAAAGAAAAUGAAAAAUUAGAAAAUGUGAACGACAAAGAAAAGGAAAUAUUUUACAAUAGAGAAAGCAAAGAGAGUAUAAACGUAGAAAAAAAUGGAAGGAUUUGGCACAAUAAUGAAAAAAAUAUAGAAUUUGGAAAAACAAAAAUAAGAAGGAAAAACAUGAGCUUUACAGAUGAGGAAGUACGGAAAAUUGAACAUGAAAAUGAACUUUUAUUAAGAAAAAUAAUGGCACAACACCAGCCUCGUGAUAAAGUUUUUAGAGGAAAUAUUCUACCCAAAAUGAGUAGUUCAGCUAUAAAUAGGAAAAGAUUACAAAAGAAAAUAGAGGGAGAUAAUAUGAUACUUCUUCGUAGAAUACAACAAGCAAAACCAUGUGUGAUACCAAAGUCAACUACGCCAGGCUAUAGAAUGACUUUUAUAUGACUAUCAAAUUAAUUAGAAUCUAAGAUUGCUAUAUUUAUAUCAAGAUUUUAUUUACUAAAUCUAUAAUUAUAUGUCUCUAAAAAUGUAUAAAAUGUAUUACAUUUUAUGGCACUAUUUUUAUUUAAUAUGUCCAAAUGUAAAAUACUACUUCUUCAUAUCGUAAUAUGUUUAAAAAGAUUCGAUAAUUGUGCAAUCAUUAAGAGAUUUUUAUUGAAACAGUAAUUACCAGUCUUGAAGAGUAGGUACAUAUUUUUAUUUUGCUUUGUAUACAUCACAACUUUGUAAAAUGUCUUGAAAACUUACUACAGAAAUUUCUACAAGUCAAGACUAUAAAAAUCACAGUUCUCACUCGUUUUUUAAUAACUUAAUUAUCAUUUGUGUAUUACCAGAAUUACAAUAUUCUCAGAUA